AUGUCGUUUUGGCCCUUUGGACAGAAUUUACAACAACAUUCUAAUAUUCAUAAAAUUCUGGAAGAAUAUCUUCAAAUUUUACAUAAUGAUAAUGAAAACAAUAAUGACAAUAAUGAUGUUUAUGAUAAUCCUCCUCUAACUAUUUCUGAAAACUCAAGUAGUAGUCUAACUGAACUGUUAAACGAGUCCAUUCAGAUAAAUAGAUCGGACUCCAAAAUGAUAAAUGACAGCAAUAGUAGUAUUAAUAUAAACAAUAGAACUUCUAGUUUUCUAAGAAGCACACCAAAUUCGAUAAGUGAUGAUUUUUUAUCAAAAAGGAUAGCUCUAAAGAAAAUUUUAGAUAACUCCUUUAUUGACCGAAUUUUAGAAGAAACUGAUUUAUUAAAUGAGUUAAUGAGACAAAAUAAUUCAUUAAUCGAUUUCAUAUGUUUGGGUUAUUUUUAUGAUUAUGAAAGCGAAAUUAUUGAAAAUGAUAAUGAUGGUGAAGCUGAAAGGAAAACAACUAAUACUUCACCUUCUACACUAAAUGAAGAACAAUUAGAGGAUAAAAAAUACAAAAAAGUUUAUCACUUAGAAUAUUUAAUUGAUUUAUUAAUGAAAUCAGUUGAUCAUAUAGAUAUAUGUGAAAUAGAUGGUGUGACUCCGAAUCCUGAUAUUCCAAAUACUAAAGUAAAUAACCAUAGAGAUGAGUUUCCUACAUCCGAUAAUGAAGCGAAUGUUACCAAAAAUGAGAGUAUUAAUAAUACUGAAGUGACAUUAUCAUUUGAUAGUAGUAGCAGUUCAUUGAAUGUCACUUCCGAUAAUCCUGCAUUUAACAAAUAUUUCAAUACUGCUAAUCUGAUAUCUGAUAUUUUUUCAUUAGACAUAUGGAUGUUAACAGAAACUUUAGUUAAAAACCAAACAUAUCUAAGCAAGAUAUGGUCAAUUCUAAACCAUAAGAACUGUAAUAGUGAAAGAUCACCGCUAGUGCUAAUAUUUUUAAAAAUAACUCAGAAUUUACUUGCUACUAGACAAGAUCAAUUUUUAAAUUUUAUACGGAAUUUACCAAACUUUGUUGAUAAUAUGUUAAGGCAUAUUGAAAUAACAUCUCUUAUGGAUUUUUUUUUAAAAUGCAUUUCAACUGAUAAACUUGAGGCACCAACUGGUAUAAUUGAGUUUGUACAUGACCAAAAUUUAAUAAAAAAAUGCAUUAACUAUUUUGAUAAUGAUAAAUACAAUCCUGAUACCCAAAUAUGUGUUUAUGAAUUUCUGAAGGCCCUAAUCUCAAUUUCAGCAAAUGCUCCACUGGAUGAAAUGUCAAUUGGCCCAAAUUCACUAACCAGAGAAUUAGCUUCUGCUCAUGUAAUAAAACAGUGUAUUGACAUAGUAAUAACUCAAAGAGGUCAUGCAUUAAAUAACAUUGUUUCGAUAGUUAUCGAGUUAAUCAGAAAGAAUAAUUCUGAUUAUGAUCAAAUUAAUUUGUUAGAGACCACUAUUCAAGAUAACCCACCCUCGACACGAGACCCAAUAUAUCUGGGUUAUUUGCUCAAACAUUUUGCAUCGAACUUUUCUAAAUUAUUUAAAAUCAUAGAAGAAUUGACAGAAAAUAACGAAAAGACGUUCAAAAAUCAAAUGAAUGAAGAUUAUUCGCCACUUGGUUUUGAAUGCUUCAGAAUUGCGGAACUAAUGGCUGAAUUAUUACACUGUUCAAAUAUGGCUCUAAUGAAUUCUAGAAAGGUUGAAAAUAUUGCUAAGAAGAGGGAUCAUUUUAGAGAUCAGUUAGUUAAUCAAUUACAAGAUGCAUUAGAAGAUUUAGGUAUUGAUGAUAAUGAAUCUAUUAAUAAAAAGCGGUCAAGCUUAGAUGAUAUAAAUGGUGUUAAGGAGACAGUUGAUAAUGAUAAUGUAACUAAUUUCGAUUCAGAAAGUGAUUAUGAAGUAGAUGAAUCGUUUGAGAUCCCAUACAUAAAUCAAAAUCAAGAUGACAAACUUCGUACAAAGUCUACAAUUGGUGAUCUGUUCAAAAUUAGUUUAUAUGAUACAAGAGUACUAAAUAAAUUAUUGGAAUUAUUUUUAUUGCAUCCAUGGAAUAAUUUCUGGCAUAAUGUUAUCUUUGAUAUAAUUCAACAAAUUUUCAACGGAAGAAUGGAUUUCUCUUAUAAUUCAUUUUUGGUAUACUCGUUAUUUAAUUUAGAAACAUCUAAACGAUAUGGACCAGAUACAAGUCCACAGCUUUCGACUAAAUUCAGUAUCACCGAAGAUUUUUUACUAAAAGGUUACAAAAUGUCAUUUGACUAUUUUGAAUUACAUCAUAUGAAUUUAGGUUACAUGGGUCAUUUGGUAUUGAUUGCUGAAGAGAUCGUAAAAUUUUCUAAAUUAUAUAAAGUUGAAUUGAUAUCUCCAGAUAUCUUUACUAUUUUACAAAAGAAAGAAUGGCAAUUUUAUUCCAAAGAAAUCUUAGAUAAUACUAGAAUUAUGUAUUCCAAAAUUUUAGGUGGUGGUAAUUAUGUCGAUGAUGGGAAUGGAAAUAUAAUUCCUCAAAUUCCAGAAUUUACUCAAAAUUCUAAGGACUAUAAUAAUGAGGAAUCAGAAAAUGAUUCAGAUUCGACAUUUAGUGAUGAAGGCUCUACAAAUAGUAUCCAUACUGCUGGCGGUGGAUUAAUUAAUGUUGAAGCAUUGGACGAUAGUAUGAGAAAUUUUACAGAAUCAGAUCUUCAUGAUAAAUUGAGAAAGCUAUGGAAUGAUAACUCUUUAGUUGUAGAAAUAUAA